AUGGAUUAUCAGCUGUGUGGAAGGUUUGAUAAAUUGAGAAACUAUUUACCCGAUGACUUAAGCAAAGCUAAAAAUAGUGAUAUUCAUAGUUUAGGGAGUAUUAGAGAUUAUUGCUCUAAUGGAGAAUCAGAGGGAAUAGGAUGUAAGACUGAUCUCGAUCAAAUAAAUGGUGGAUGUCUAUGGUUGUUCGAGCAAAAUAUUAUUAAUAAUAUUGACAGUUUAAGUAAGGAUAAAUUUAAAAUUAUUAUUAUAUACAUUAUUAUAUGGUUAAAUUAUAUGAUAAACCUAAAGAAAGAUGGCAAAAUCAACAACAUAAAUGAUUUUUAUACUCAAUAUAUAGAAAAGAAUACGUAUUAUGCUAGUUGUAAAAAAAAUGAUAAUGAUUGUAGUAAUUCAUUAAAAGAACAAACGGGAUAUAAUAAUUUUAAGGAGUUCAUAGAAAAAAACGAAUAUUUGUUGAAUAUUAAUUAUGAUGAUGUGUCUAAAUUUUAUGCUGCAUUUAAAUCAUUAUGUAAUAUGUAUACCGAACUUGAUGCAAACGACACAAAAUGUGAUAAAUGUUUAGAAAAUGUUAAAGAAUUUGUUAAAAAAUAUGAUGAACUUAAUAUUUCUGAUAUUACUAAAGAUAGUCCCUAUUAUCAAGUAUUGUCUACAUUAUCAGAUGAUUAUAAUAAUUUUAAAAAUUAUUGUAAAGUUAAUAAUGUUGAUUGUAAUCAUAUUCAAACACUUUCACCGAUAAAAAUAAAAGAAAAUGGUGUACAAGGUUCUGCACAUAAUGAUGUACAACAUUUUGAAGCUACAUCAUCAAGUUCGUCGAUAACAAACAAAUUAUUUAUAGUUUUAUCGAUAUUUGGUGCAAUAGCAUUUUUUUUAGGAAUUUCUUAUAAGUAUUCGUUAUUUGGAUUUCGGAAACGAACCCAAAAACAACAUUUAAGGGAAAAGAUAAAAAAAUAA